UUCACUCUGUGUUCUUCAUUUCUUAGGCUCCAGAAUAGACUGCCAUCAUGAGUAAUGGAGGUUGGGUGGGCACAUGGAGGCCCCAUCGUCCACGAGGACCAGUCAUGGCCCAGUAUUCCAGCCCUGGGCCCAAGUACAACAUACCGGGAGCAACAGGUUAUAUCUCGCACAUCCCUACCAAAAGGAAAGCCCCUGCCUAUAGUAUGUACGGUUCAAAGCUCCCAUCCAGCAAAGACAGAGUUCCGGGUCCUUACCAUGUGCAGGGCUAUAUGACAAACAAAGGAAGGCAAUCGGCUCCGUCUUAUACAAUGGGUGGUCGAAUGAGAGUGAAAAAGGAGGUUACCCCAGGUCCUGCCUCUUACUCACCAGAGAAGUCACGGAAAAUAAUUUAUCAAAGUGCUCCUGCACAUUCUUUGUCAUUCAGGACUCGUGGUUACAAAGUAGACGCCACACCAGGUCCCAGCACUUACACAAUGCCUGAAGUCCUUGGGCCGCACACAGCAGCAACCUCCGCUGGCCCUGCUUACUCCAUGACAGGGAGGAGUAAGCUUGGGCGUUUUGAUGAAGACUUGCAUAAGACCCCUGGUCCUGCUGCAUAUUAUAAGCCCGACACAGAUAUCUACAAAAAGAGAGCACCCAAGUAUUCUAUGGGCAGUCGAAGCAAGGGUCUAAGAGCUGGGAAAACACCUGGGCCUGCAGACUAUACUGUAGGAAAGGUAUCAUUGCUCAAAACUUGUUCUCCAGUUGUCACUUUUGGAAUCAGACACUCCGACUACACCACACCUCUGAUUGUGGACGUCUGCUGAAUUCAUCCGUUGUACAGAAAAUGAUUUUUCUACUGAUAUUUCUAUAUCAUGUUCCUCCACAUUUUAACAGUUAACCACCAGCUGUUUAACUGCAUUUUUUUUUUACAAAUACCAGAGCUAAAGGACCAUUUAAAAUAUUCAGAAACUGAUUACCAUUCAAGACUGAAGUUCUGUCCUCUGAUGAAGGGAUAUGCCAUAAGCCCCUCUUGUGAGGAAGACAAAGCGCAGCUCACACUUGCCCUACUAUUUGAGCCCAAGGAAUACAUAUCUAAACGCAUGUUGGCAUUCUGACAACUGGUAUACAAUUAACGGUGUCAUUCUUCAUAAAGUAGGAUCUGAUAUAUAUUAAAUAUAUAUGUGUAUUUGUGUAAAAAAGCUACUCGUGUUCCUGAUCCAGAAUUAUUUCAUGGAA